AUGACUGUUAUGAAACUUACCAUGAUUAACUGUUGGAUCAUUCUAAAAACAGUGACUUUGGUUUCUGCCUAUCCAUCACAACAAUUUUUACCUGGGCAAGUGAAAGAUGGCGAAUAUUUAGUUGGAGGCGACAUGAUUUUUCCAACUCACAAUAUGAUGCGUGGUGUUGCGCAGAGCACAGCUGGCACUCGAUGGACAAACGGAAUUGUGCCUUAUGUCAUGUCGACUGCCUUCACUGCUCAACAACAAACACUUAUAACUGGUGCUAUGAGAAAUAUAGAACGAUUGACUGCCAUCAGCGGUCGUAAAUGUGUACAAUUUCGCCCAAAGAUUGCCACAGAUCGAUAUUCGAUUUUGAUUAAAACAGGCAGUGGAUGCUCGUCACAUGUCGGUCAAAACACAGGAUGGACUGGUCAAUUGCAAUUGACAUUGCAAGUUUCUACGACGCCACAAAGUUCACACUGCAUGUAUGAACGAACUAUCAUGCACGAACUCUUGCAUACAUUAGGAUUCAAUCACGAACAUCAACGAUCAGACCGAGAUUCGUUCUUGACAAUUAACUACGCAAAUAUUCAGAAUAGUUAUGUGUUCGCAUUCGAUAAGUUAACAUCAGCAAAUAGUGAUAACCAAGGAACACCAUAUGAUUAUAAUAGUAUAAUGCACUACGGUCGGAAAGCUUUCAGUUCAAAUGGACAACCAACAAUGGUGCCAAAAAAUCCUACAGCUACUAUUGGUGUUAAAACAACUCUUAGUCCCAUCGAUAUUCAAGAAAUUCAAAAAUUUUAUCAAUGUAAAUGA